AAGGCCUACCUUUAGCCGCAAAAGCACUGGGUGGUCUUCUGCGCUUCAGAUCAACUCCAAAGGAAUGGGAUGAGAUAUUGACGAGUGACAUAUGGGAAUUUUCAGAUUUCAUCAUUCCAACACUUAGAAUAAGCUACUUUCAUCUGCCCUCACACUUAGAACAAUGUUUUGCCUAUUGUUCAAUGUUCCCAAAAGACUAUGAAUUUAAGAAGGAACAAUUGAUACAGUUGUGGAUAGCAGAAAAUUUUUUGCAUCAGCAUGACAAAAGCAAAAGCAUGGAAGAAAUAGGUGAAGUGUCUUUCCGUGCUCUUGUAUCGAGGUCUCUUUUCCAGCGAUCAAGUGGUAACAAAUUAGGCUAUGUUAUGCAUGAUCUUGUUCAUGACCUAGCUAAAUUUGUAUCCGGAGAAUUUUGUUUUUGGCUUGAAGCCAACAACUCACACAACAUCGCAGGAAAAACUCGUCAUCUGGGGUAUUUACAAUCUCAGGACGCAUUUCAGAAGUUGGAAGGUAUUUAUGAAGCUAAGAGUUUACGCACUUUCCUACCAUUAAAUUUGAAUCCGUCUCGACGGUCUGCACUGUACUUCUCACUCUUAUCCAAAAAGGUACUUCACAAGCUGUUACCAAUGUUAACAUGCUUACGGGUGCUAUCAUUGUCUCGGUAUUGUUAUAUUACUGAAUUGCCUGAUUCGAUUGGUAAUCUGAAAUACUUGCGCCUUUUGGACCUCUCCUUUACAGGAAUCAAGUGGUUACCCAACUCUACAUGUAAGCUUUACAAUUUACAGAGGUUGGCAUUAACAGAUUGUAAAGAUUUGAUUGAGUUGCCUGCAAAUAUGCAUAACCUCAGAAAUUUGUCUCAUCUUGAUCUUGCUGGAACUAACAUAAAAGAGAUUCCAGUACAUGUGAUCAAAUUAAAACGUCUUCAAACACUGACUCUUUUUUCUGUUGGAAGGCAGAGGGGGACAGGAAUUGGAGAGUUGAGGCAACUUAAUGAUCUUCAUGGAAAGCUUUCAAUCUUGGAACUGCAGAAUGUGAACGGUCGGGAAGAUGCUUUGGAGGCAAGACUGAAGGAAAAGAAUCAACUUGAGGGAUUAUGGUUGGAGUGGAGUAUCAAUUCUGGUGAUUCGCGAAAAGAAAGAGAAGUUCUAGAAAAGCUCCAACCUCAUACUAACUUGAAAGAGCUCACGAUCAAAAACUAUGGUGGUACUGCAUUUCCAUUUUGGUUAGUAGAACGAUCAUCAUUGUCUAAUAUUGUUUGCCUUUGUCUUAGCAAUUGCAAAUAUUGCAUCUCCUUGCCUCCGCUGGGGCAGUUACAUUCUCUCAAGGACCUUUCUAUUACGGGAUUUUAUGCUGUGGAGACAAUAGGUCCUGAGUUUUAUGGGAGUGAUGGUCUGGCAACAAAGCCAUUUGAGUCGCUGCAAACUUUAAGGUUCAAGGAGAUGGUGGAGUGGGAGGAAUGGUUUCCAUUUGAAAACGAUAUUGAGGGUAGGGCUUUCCCUUGUCUUCAAGAGCUUUAUGUAGAGAAUUGUCCCAAGCUUACUAAGCACCUUCCCAGCAACCUUCCUUGUUUAACCAAACUUGUUGUCAGUGACUGCCAAGAGCUAGUUGCUUCUCUUCCCAGGGCUCCAGAUAUCCUUCAUUUGCAAUUGGGAUAUUGUGAUAAAUUCCUGUUGAAGAACCUGCCACCCCAGCUGAAGAUGAUAAGUUUUGAGGGUUGGUCCCUAUCCGAGAGAAUUGAAGAGGUUGAUGCAAGUCUUAAAAUUUUGAACAUCUAUGAUUGUUUGUCUCUCAGUUGGCUACCUAUGGACCGUUUAUCCACUACCUUGGAAGUACUUGAGAUCAAGAGCAGUGAUAACUUAAAGUUCCCAGUGCACCUGUACUAUGACUCCCUUGAAAAGCUGUUAAUUGAGAGCAGCUGCUGUUCACUCCAGAAUUUUCCUCUGGACAUCUUCCCAAAGCUCAAGCAUCUCACCAUCAAGAACUGCACGAGUAUGGAAUCAAUAUCAGUUCCCUGCAGACCUCAAUAUGAUCUCCAAUCUCUGAGGCACCUGCAUAUCUUUGGAUGUCCUAAAUUUGUAUCAUUUCCAGAAGGAGGAUUGCAUGCCCCCAACCUUUCUUAUUUUCGAAUUGACCUUUGUAAACAUCUAAAGUCACUGCCCCAAAGGAUGCACACACACAUUCCAUCACUAGAAGUACUGACCAUAAGUAGUUGUCCUGAAAUUGUAUCAUUUCCGAAAGGCGGCUUGCCUUCAAAUUUGAGAAGCCUCUGCAUCUAUGGAUGUGCCAGACUCUAUGCCAACCGAGCAGAAUGGCAUUUGCAGAGACUCACCUGCCUCGGAGAUUUCUGCAUUUCGUGUGAAGAUAUCAAAUCCCUUCCAGAGGAGGGGCUGCUGCCUACCACUCUUGCCACUCUCCGCCUCGCAGGGUGUCCACAUCUGAAAUCACUCAACAGAAAGGGGCUUAAUGAACUAACAAAUCUGGAAAUAUUAUUAAUUGAUGAUUGUCCUGAGCUAGAAUGCUUGCCAGAGGAGGGCCUGCCAGAAUAUCUCUCUCAUUUCCGAAUUCAGAAUGUCCAUUGCUAAAAAGGCGGUGCAAAGAUGAAAGAGGAGGGGAUUGGCCCAAGAUUUCUCACGUUCCCUGCAUACGCAUUGAUGAUGAUAUAGUUCCAUGACCUUUAAGUUUCUUCAAGCCACCAUUGUUAUGCUUCUACUGUUUUACCCUCAGGUAUGUGCCAGCGUUCAAUUCACCAUACUCUCCAUUGACAAUGCGCUUCAAAAGGAUUUCAUUCCUUUAUCAAGUGCUUGGUCUAGACUCAUCAAAGUUAUUAUCAUUUUGGUUGUUGGUUCUAAGUAGCAUAAAUAAGUUCUUGCUUAUCACUUCUUUGUUUCUUCUACUUCUGUUCAUUGCAUAAUAAAGACCAAUCCUUGACUCCGUUGGCAA